UAUUUUGAUUCUGACAACCUAACAUUUACAAAUGCAGUGAAACACAAAAUUAAUUUGAAGGACGAGACUCCCAUACACACUAAAACAUAUCGUUACCCCCACAUUCACAAAACGGAGGUACAAAAUCAAAUAUCCAAAAUGCUAAAACAAGGCAUAAUCCGACCUUCUGAUUCGCCAUGGUCCUCUCCAAUUUGGAUAGUACCCAAAAAAUUAGACGCUUCCGGGCAACGCAAAUGGAGAAUAGUCAUCGACUAUCGAAAACUUAACGAACAAACAGUCGAAGAUCGUUACCCCUUACCAAAUAUCAAUGACAUACUCGAUAAGCUGGGUCGUAGUCAAUACUUUAGCACAAUCGAUCUUGCUUCCGGUUUCCACCAGAUAGAAGUAGACCCAAACGAUGUCCAAAAAACUGCAUUUACGGUAGAAAAUGGGCAUUACGAAUUCGUCAGAAUGCCCUUCGGCUUGAAAAACGCCCCAUCAACAUUCCAACGUGUGAUGGACAAUGUAUUACGCGGUAUCGUAAAUAACUGUUGCAUCGUGUAUUUAGACGACAUAAUUGUUUUCUCGACAUCUUUGCAAGAACAUAUUCAAAAAUUAACAGCUGUUUUUGACCGACUACGCAAAUUUAACUUUAAGAUACAAUUGGAUAAAAGCGAAUUUUUAAAAAAAGAAGUAAAUUAUUUAGGACACGUCAUUACCCCGGAAGGUAUAAAACCAAAUCCAGACAAAAUUAAAGCUAUUUUAGACUAUAGUAUUCCAACAACACCGAAACAACUCAAAGGUUUUCUUGGUUUAAUUGGAUACUACCGAAAAUUCAUUAAAAAUUUCGCAAAAAUUACAAAACCAUUAACUAUUCGACUAAAGAAAGACCAUAAAAUUGACCCAAAUGAAACUGAUUACAAAAAUUGUUUUGAAUUUUGCAAAAACCUUUUAACCAAUGAUCCUAUCUUACAAUACCCAGAUUUUGACAAACAAUUUAUUUUGACGACUGAUGCAAGUAAUUACGCCAUUGGUGCUGUUCUCUCACAAGGAACCAUCGGUAGCGAUUUACCUGUCGCAUUCGCCUCGCGAACCCUGAACGAACAUGAAAUUAACUACUCCACAAUCGAAAAGGAGCUGCUUGCCAUUGUUUGGGCAACCAAAUAUUUUCGCCCUUAUUUGUAUGGACGAAAAUUUAAAAUAGUCACCGAUCAUCAACCACUAAAAUGGCUUUUUUCGCUUAAAGAGCCUAACUCUAAAUUAGUCAGAUGGCGUUUACGUCUUGAAGAAUUUGAUUACGAAAUCCACUAUAAAAAAGGAACAUUAAAUAGUAACGCCGACGCUUUAUCGCGACCUCCAAAUUUAAACAUGGCUACAACCCCAGACAAUUCUGAACCAGAAACAGAUUAUUCGGAUAAACCAAUAUUCGAAUAUAUAAAAAAAUUUAAUCAAGAACUCAUUAAUAAAGAAGAUGACAUAAGUUCUACCCGCGUAGAACCCGAUAAAGAUUUGGAACAAACUAUCGAUGAAAGCGACGAUAACAUUACAAUUCAUACUAACAAAGAAAACCCCGUCUGUUUAAUACCUAUUUCUGAAGACCCGUUAAAUUUUGGCAAAAAUCAAAUUCAAUUCAUUUCCGUUACAAACAAUCCUUCAGAUCCGGUAGUAAUCAAAUUAUUUGAAAAUUCAAAACAAAGAAUAACAGUCCAAAUUUCACGCAAUGAUUCGAAAAAUAAUAUCCUAAACUUUAUAAAAAAUUAUGUUAUACCCCAAGUAUCAUAUGCAUGUCACUUCGCAUCGGACGAACUUUAUGAAAUAACCGGAAACAUUUUAAGAGAACAUUUCAAUGAAUCAAUAUUAUUUAAAAGGCACCUUAAAAUUUUAGAAGACGUCGAAUCCCCCGAAGAACAAAUUGCUAUAAUUCAAAACUAUCAUUACGGUAAAUCUAAUCAUCGUGGCAUUAAUGAAACCCUACAGAAAAUUUCAUCCCGUUACUAUUGGCCUAACAUGCAAAAAGCUAUUCAAAAUUUUAUCAAUAAAUGUGAAAUAUGUAAAGCUGUAAAAUACGACCGCAAACCAUUGAAGCUAAAAUUCAAUUUGACUCCGACACCAACCAAACCAUUCGAGAUUGUUCAUAUAGACGUAUUAAAAUACCAAUCCCACAAAUUUUUAACAAUCAUUGAUGCUUUCAGUAAAUAUGCUCAAGUAUAUCUACUCGAAAACAUGCAAGCAAUAGAAAUAAUGAAAAAAUUACUGAUUUUCUUUAGUCAUCAUUCUGUCCCCAGUUUGAUUAUAACUGAUAAUGGAUCAGAAUUCGAUAACGGUGUUGUAACAGAAUUUUUCCGACUUCACAAAAUUGAUGUCCAUUUCUGUAGCCCUCAUCACCCAGCAAGUAAUGGACUUAUAGAGCGUUUCCAUUCAACAUUUUUAGAACAUCUAAAUUUACUCAACAAUCGUCCUGAAUUUUCUAAAGACCCAAUCUCAACAAAAAUUUUAUAUGCCACAAUUGCCUAUAAUAAUUCCAUCCACAGUACCACAAAACUAACCCCUUUCAAUGUUUUGAAUUUGAACAAUGAACAAGAAAUUGGAGAUAUUAAUUUAGAAUAUGUAAUUUUAAACAACCAUUUACAGUCUCAUAAAGAAAAACUGCAAAUCAUUUUUAAAGAAAUUAACAAACGACUAACAGAAAACAAAGAAAAAUUAAUAACCAAAUUAAAUGAAAAUAGGGAAAACAUACCAACUAAAUUACCUGACACAGUCUUCGUAAAAAGUAAUUUUAGAUCAAAAGUUCGAAACCGAUAUAAGAAAGAAGAAAUUUUAGAGACAAAUCGUGACCGUAAAACGAUAAAACCUAAAAUCAAUAAAUCAAAAACCGGCAGAAAAUUUAAUAAACUCCAUAUGGAUAAUGUUAAACGACCAACUAAACAAGAAAAUUCCAUUGCAGGUACAUCUUCGUAACCUGGCUAAUGGUUACCGUUUCGUCAGACCGAAACAUUACAAAUAACCCUGGCAUCCUUCCCAUAAAUUUAGACCAGAAAUUUCAAACAAUCAUACCAUCUGCAAAAUAUGUUUUAAAAGGCGAGUCCUAUUUGUGGCCGUUAACAGACAUCUGUGACAAAAUCCAAAAGGAAUACUUCUGUAAAAAUGAAUUAAGGACCUAUGUUAAUAUUUCUUGUCAAAUGGAAAUCUUAUUUAAAAACACGUUCGAAAAAUGUCUUCCAAUCCAGCUCAACAGGCUCCAAACUCUCGAAUUCGUUCCCGAAAUUAAUCAGUAUCUAGGCAUUUUUCCGGUACCAGUUUCCAUCAAAAACUUCUUGCUCCAAUGUUUUGGCACAACACCAAAUCCAAGGUGUCUUUCUCUUCGAAAAUCAACUAAACUGCCAAAAAUACGUCAAUGAUCAACUUCUGAUUUUUAAUGACACAACUGAAGGAAAACCCAUAAUCCUAGAAGACUUCAGACUUCCCGCAAGAAAUAAUGUGAAGAUUCCCAAGCUAACCUUGAGGACCCUUCAAGUUACAAGUUUAACUAACAACCUGCCUCGACUUCAGAUGUACCCCUACGAAGAUAGCAAAAAUAUUUGGCACCUAACCGGAACUGCUAUAUUGUAUUUUGUAUUUCUAGCCUUAGCCAUCUGGUUUAUGAUGCAGAAGAUAGCAUUUCGGCGAAGAAACCAAACGGAAGAAGCCCCUGAGCCAGUAGAACUACCCCGCGAUGCCAAAUUUUAGUUCUUCUCCGGAGUUUCGGGCUAAGAGGGGAGGAAUUAUAUGUGCAAAAUAUCCCCUUAGUGCUUAAUGCUUAGUAAACAUUUUUUAUAUUAUAAAUAUAUGCUAAAUUGUAGAGGGGAGACACUCUAUGUCUCACCGCGCUUGUAAUUACUUGAAAUAAAAUUUUUAAAAAAGCCAAC